GCAGCUCUCAGUUCUUUAAAGGAGACUUUGUGUCUCUGAGCUGUGAGGAGGACGACAGCUCUGCUGGAUGGACUCUGAGGAGAAACACAAGCAAACAACAGAGGACUCAGUGUGGAGAUGGGUGGGGAAGAUGGUCUGGUUCUACCUGUAACAUCAGCACAAUAGACCCAUCAGACAGUGGAGUUUACUGGUGUGAGUCCAGAGAGGGUGCCAUCAGUAACAUGGUUAAUCUCACAGUCUCUGGUGGAUCAGUGAUCCUGCAGAGUCCUGUCCUCCCUGUGAUGGAGGGAGAUGACGUCACUCUGCUCUGUCAAACAAAGACCACUCCCUCCAACCUCCCAGCUGUAUUCUUCAAAAAUGAUGUCUUCAUUGGCAAUGAGCCUACAGGUCACAUGACCAUCCAGCAUGUUUCCAGGUCUAAUGAAGGCCUCUACAAGUGUGACAUCAGCGGUCAUGGAGAGUCUCCAUCCAGCUGGAUCACUGUCACAGAGAGACACACCACCACACCUCCACCUACAUCCAACUUUCCUUUUGUUCUCUUUGCAUUGUCAUCUGUUGGAUCAGUCUGUGUUGUUAUUCUACUCUUGUUACUGGCUCUGGUGGUGAUACGAUGUGGUCACAGGAAACCUAAAGAGAGUGAUCCAGCUGCAGUCGCCUCAGCAGUGAGAACAGAAAUCAAUUAUGGACGAAUCUUCAUCAAAGAGACGCCAAACAAACCAAAGACGAGAGAGACUGAGACAGCGGUGAUCUACUCAACGGUGAGAACAGAAGACGUCAGUUAUGGACAAACAGCCGUCACACCAAAGAGCUGCUCUGUAUUUCAUUCUGGAAAUUUCCAAUAUUGUGUAAAGAAGUAAAAUCAGGUCCCUAAUCAAAUGGGCCAAAAUAUAUCUUGUGUUUUAUCCCAGCUGCAG